AUGCCAUUGCCUCCUCCUCCUCUCUCUCUCUCUCUCUCUCUGUCUCUCUGUGUCUUCUCCACACCUUCUCUGUACUGCCUCUUCCCACUCUGCAGGGUCUCCACUUUGUCUCUCUCUUCCCCUUUCUUGCUAACGAGCUUCGCAUCCACCGCUGGAACCCUAACGAGUCUCGAUUCCUUCAAUCCCCUCAAUGAAUUGAACCUCCUUCCGGUAAUUUCUCGUCGAUUCGCUUUCUAGGGUUUCUCUCUCAGUUAAUCCGGCCGUGACUAAGAGCUUGUCGGAAGCGGUGUUGCUCCAGAUUUGUCUUCUUGGCUCUUCCCAAGGUCUCGGUAUGCACAAUCAUCACCUUCUAGUAGUCUUCUCAGUUUCGAUGUUGAUUGUUCGUGCUGCCCGUGCCUUGCUCUUGAUCUGAAUCCAUGGGGCUCUGAUUGCCUGUUGUUUCAAUCUGAGCUGCAAUCACCCGGUGUGUUCGUUCGAUGAGCUGCACUAGCAGAAGUGAGCAGUAGGGUUUUAGAUUUGUUGGUGGUUUUUGCCCGGGUCCUGCAAAGAGAGGAUUUUUGGGGUGGGCAUGGUGGGCAAGGAAGAUCCUAAUGCCCGCAAGACCUUCUGGCGGUCUGCCUCGUGGUCUGCCUCCCGGACCGCCCAGCAAAACCCUAAUGGCGUUGAAGAGGUCAAUGGCUCUGAUCCAAAUGGGAGCAAUCCCGAGAGUUUCGGGGCAAAUCGUCGCUUCCCGGUUCCUUUAACCCCGCGCUCACAGCAGAACUGGAAGAAUCGGUCUUGUUUGCCGCCUCUUCAGCCGCUCUCUAUCGCGAGGCGGAGCCUUGAUGACUGGCCAAAAGCGGGGUCUGAUGAUGUGGGUGAGUGGCCGCAGCCUCCGACCCCCAGUGGGAACAGUAAAGGUGGAGAGAGGCUGAAGCUCGAUAUGUCAGCCAUCCAACGAGCACCUGAUAGGAAUGGAGGGUUAGUGAAGCGUGAAAAGAUUGCAUUCUUCGAUAAGGAGUGCUCCAAGGUGGCCGAACAUAUCUAUCUAGGCGGAGAUGCUGUUGCCAGAGAUAGGAAUAUUCUGAAGCAGAAUGGGAUCACUCAUGUCUUGAAUUGUGUCGGGUUUGUUUGCCCGGAAUAUUUCAAGGCCGAUUUCGUGUACAGGACUCUGUGGUUGCAGGACAGUCCAACGGAGGAUAUUACCAGUAUCUUGUAUGAUGUGUUCGAUUAUUUCGAGGAUGUGAGGGAGCAACAUGGGAGGGUUUUCGUACACUGUUGCCAGGGGGUCUCGAGGUCGACUUCAUUGGUGAUAGCAUAUCUCAUGUGGAGGGAAGGCCAAAGUUUUGACGAUGCGUUUCAGUUUGUGAAGGCUGCGAGGGGGAUAGCAGAUCCAAACAUGGGUUUUGCUUGUCAGCUAUUGCAGUGUCAGAAAAGGGUCCAUGCUUUCCCUUUGAGUCCGAGCUCACUGCUUAGGAUGUAUAGGCUUGCUCCACAUUCGCCUUAUGAUCCCUUGCAUCUGGUUCCAAAGAUGUUGACUGAUCCUUCCCCAUCUGCGUUGGACUCUAGAGGGGCAUUCAUCGUGCAGGUCCCGUCUUCUAUAUAUGUCUGGAUCGGUAGGGACUGUGAGGCUAUUAUGGAAAGAGAUGCUCGGGGAGCUGUUUGUCAGAUCGUGAGGUAUGAGAGAGUACAAGGGCCAGUCUUAAUGAUCAAGGAAGGGGGGGAGCCUUCAUAUUUUUGGGAUGCAUUUUCUAACCUGUUGCCUCUGAUGGAUAAGUCCGGGAAUGGAGUUGCAAUUAAGGAUCAAAGAGCAGGGAAAGUAGGUGAGAGAAAGGUGGAUUCCUAUGAUGUUGAUUUUGAGAUAUUUCAGAAAGCUGUAAAAGGUGGAGUUGUUCCUCCUUUUGCAGCAUCGGAGAAUGAACAUGAAACCCACCUCCCUGCCAGGGAGAGCGAUUGGAGCAUGCUCAGGCGCAAAUUUGCCCCCAGUAACAUGAAGGAGUUUGUUUCAGUUCCAAAGCUGAUUCUCUCGAGAGUUUAUUCGGACUCGAUGAUGGUAGUGCAUUCUCCUUCAAGCAAUUCCCCUGCUUCAUCGACCGUAUCAUCUUCCUCUUCGUCUUCCUCCCCUGCUUAUCUCUCUCCUGAUUCCAUCUCUUCUGAUUCGAGCAGCAGCUCAAAAUAUUUUUCUGAGUCGUCUCAGAAUUCUCCUUCAGCAGCUUCAUGCUCUAUCCCAGUGUCGUCUACUCUGUCUAACCUCUGUAAUCUAUCUCUUAACCCAUCAAAAUCAGUCCCUCAAUCCACGUCUACGAACUCUGAAUUUAUUGACAUUAAUUUUUCUUCACGGACGCAGCCUCAGUCAGCUUCUUCACAUAUUAGGAAACUUUCACUGUCGCUUGCAGAACGUAGAGGUAGCAUGUCCAGGGCUUUGAAGUUGCCUGUGAUGACUGAUAAUGUAAGGUUCGCUGAACCUCCUCCAAAUGAUCUUGCCUUGAAGGAAGAUGGUAUCAGGCUGAACGGGAAUGGUUGUUCCCCAAGUGAGUUUCAUUUGUACAGUGAAAACAUGACAAAUGGGGUUGUAGAUGUGAUGCGAGAGCGCAAGUUGGAGGAGUCUGCCGAUGCUGGUGUCCUGCCUCCUAGAGAAGCUGCUUGUGCUCGAGAUCCAUCUGGGAUGGCUGGAAGUGUUUGUCAGUGUAAAGAACAAAUGCAAUUAGCUGUAUAUCGUUGGCCUAGUUUAGAAAAGGUUGCCUCUAUUGCUAGCAGUGAUCUGAGAUCUGAAGCUGCUUUUGCUAUCUUGUCUGUGAGAAAGGGUCUAGACAAGGAUUUGGAUAGGUUUGUAUAUUUGUGGAUAGGAAGGUUCUUUGCUGUUGACAAAGGCAAAGCUCAUAUAGGUAGAGGUACGGGGAUAGAUGAUCCAGAGAAGAUUGACUGGGAGCAAGUUGGUUAUGAUUUCCUCUCCCGGAUUGGUCUUCCAAAAGACACCAACAUUAAGAUCGUUAGAGAAGAUGACGAACCUGAGGAAUUUCUUGCACUGUUGCGAUCAAUCAAUGCUAACGGGACCAAAGAGGGAUCCGGUAUAAAAUUAGCUUCAUAGAGCCGAACCAGUGUAUCACAGCCACCGGUUUAAUUCAAGUAUCAGGAAUGGGGAUCUAGCUCAUUGUAUGAGUAGCUGUCAAGCAAGCUAUUGGCAAGGGGGCGGUCGGAGGUCUUCCUUCAUAGUGGUGUUUCUUUGCAGCUGUACAUCGAUGCAGUGCAGUGCCCUGUGACUGUUGAAAGAUUGAUUUGUCCCUCAAACUGUAUAUCCAAUUGAUUUUAGAUAGCAGAUGUAGAAAUUGUUGCCUUGAGAUGGAAGUACUUCAUGAAAAUCUCCCUCACUAUGUGGAUUAAUUGUCCUUCCAGCAGUAUGCAAAAACAACUCAUUCAAAGUGAAACUUUAAAUCUAAUCCCAGCAUUUGGUGGAGACAAUGAUUAGAUGGGAUAUGCAAUUAACCAUGGGGUUGGGGAGGAUUGGGAUAAACUUUAAAUGUUAUUAUUCUCUUCCUAAUUAUGGGAUGAGUAUCUUUUAGAA